AUGGGAGGGAGGAAGAGGAGGAGGAGGAGGAGGAGGAAGGGAUGCGUACCUGGAAGUCAUGCACUUUUGGGAAAAACAAGACGACCAAGAACGGCUUUUACAAGUCAACAAUUAUUAGAAUUAGAAAAACAAUUUAAACAUAAUAAAUAUUUAUCAAGGCCGAAACGAUUCGAAGUGGCAACAUCGUUAAUGUUAACGGAAACUCAAGUGAAAAUAUGGUUUCAAAAUAGACGAAUGAAAUGGAAAAGGAGUAAAAAAGCACAACAGGAAGCCAAACAAAAAGAAGAAUGUAGUCAAACAAAAUCAAAAUCUUUAAAUUCACCCAACAUAACGACAACAACAUCCGGUGGUGGAAAAUCAUGUUUGAUAACGACAAAAGACUCCAAAGAAAUACGGAUGAAAAAUUCGGAAAAUUUAGAUAUUCGAAUCAGGUAUCCGAUGAACAAAGAUAUAUACGCCUCUCGUGGGAACGAAGAAUUUAUUGAAAAAAACGAAGGAACCGGAAACGGUUCAUCUUCAUCAUACUUUCAACAAUCCCGUGGAGGGUUAAAUUAUCCUUCUUUGGAUUGUAGAAAAGGUUCUUCGAUAUCAUCAUUUUGUGAUAAAAAUUUAUUUAAAAAUGACGAGGAUAACGUACAAAGUUCGGAAGAAAGUUUUCAAAGUGGAGAAGGUAAAACUAAUAAUAGUAAUAAUAAUAAUAAUAAUAUCGACGAUGGAAAUUUUUCAUCAUUGACGAGAUUAAAAGGAUUCGAACAAAUUUCAACAGCGACGAGUAGUACGACAGCAAAAAGAUUUUACGUUAAUAUUAAUGAUAAUAAUAAUUGUAACGAAGGUUUAUAUAGGCCUUACGUCGUGUAA